AUGUCUAAGAAGGCAGCAAAGAAGAAGGGUCCGUCUAAGGCGGAAUUAGAGGCACAAUUAAAGGCAAUAAAUGAGGGUUUAAUGCUGCAGUGCUUAAAGGAAGAUUUACGAGAAAAAGAAAGAUGGAGGAAAGGAGCAGCAGAAGAAUUAGAGAGGCAAUUAAAGGAACUGCAGCAGCAAGAAGCAACAGAGAGCAAAUUGCUGCAGCAGCAACUGCAGCAACAGCAGCAAAUGCAGCAGCAGCUAGUACUGCAACAAAGACAUAUCACUAAACAAAUCGAUAACGAAGUUGCAGACACCGAACAAACCAUGAAGGAGCGUCAUGCAAGUGCUGCCCGCAUGCAAGAAGAGUUUAUAUCGAUGUCUCGUGCUGCUGCUGCUGCGCUGCAGCAGCAACUGCAGCAACCCUUAGUAUCUUUACCCCAAUUACUAAAAGAUUACGAGGAACAAAUACAAACAAUAUAUAACCAAACCCUAGCAGAAACACAACAAAAUAUUAAUGCACAAAACCCUAAACAUACACUAGCAUUGGGUGUGCGCACUGACGCUGAGCAUGACACCCGAGAAGUUGCUUCUCGAGUGUUGGAUGGUUUAGGGAGACGGACAGGAUCUCCGCCUUCUACUGAUGCAGUCCUCAAGCUGCUGCUGCACCUGCAGCAGCCGCAGCAGCAGCUGCUGCUGCAGCAAAGGGGCAUAGAGGUAAGCAAAUUAACAGCAGAUAUUGCUGCUCUUGCAUUCGCUACACCGCAGCAGCAGCAGGAACAGCAGCACUCGAAGGGUAAGACUGAGCAGCAGCAGCAGCAGGAGAAGCCUCAUGAGCAGCAGCAGGAAGAAGAUCAGAAGAUAGAAAGAUUAGCAGCAGCAGCAGCAGCAAGUCUUAAGGAAAAAGGCCUCUCUUCUUCCUUAGGAGAGCAGCAGCUAGAGGCAGCACUUGCUGCGCUGCAGCAGCAACUAACAUGGAGGGGAGUAAAUGUGCAGCAGCUAAGAGAUGCUAUUGUACAAAGAGUUAGUGGAUACACACAGAGGCAGCAACAGCAGCAGCAGCAACAGCAACAGCAACAGCAGCGACAGCACGAGGAGCAGCAGGAGUACUACCGUAAGAAGUACCAGCAGCAGCAGCCUGAACACCAGCAGCAGCAGAAGCCCGGACAGCAGCAGCAGCAGCAGCACAGUGAUCAGCAAGAGUACUAUCGUAAGAAGUACCAGCAGCAGCAGCAGCCUGAGCACCAGCAGCAGCAGCAGCAAGGUGAUCAGCAGGAGUACUACCGUAAGAAGUACCAGCAGCAGCAGCCUGAACACCAGCAGCAGCAGCAGCAAGGCGAUCAGCAGGAGUACUACCGUAAGAAGUACCAGCAGCAACAGCCUGAGCACCAGCAGCAGCAGCAGCAAGGUGAUCAGCAAGAGUACUACCGUAAGAAGUAUCAGCAGCAGCAGCCUGACCAACAGCAGCAGAGGCAGCAGAAGGAUGAACAGCAGCAGGACAGGGAGAAAGAGAAGGAGGAAAAGAGGAAGCAGCAGGAGAGGCAGCAGCAGCAGGAGGAGUCUAUACGGCGCGCGGAGCGGGCAGCAGCAGCAGCUGCCGCUAGUGCUGCUGCUGCUGCUGCUGCUGCCACCAGUGCAGCAGAAGCUGCAGCAGCAAUAGCCAAAGCUACUGCUCAGCCAGAACGCGCCGCUGCUGCAGCAACUGCAGCAGCAGCAGCAGGUGCAGCAUCUGUUGCAGCAUCUGCUGCAGCAAGAGACGCAGCAGCAACUGCAGCAGAUAUCCUCCUUACAGUAACACCACCAGAAGCACCAGCAAAAGAUGCUGCAGCAAAGCCGGUCUCUGCUCCAGCAGCAGCAGAAGCAGCAGCAGCAGAAGCAGCAGCAGCAGCAGAAGCAGCAGAAGCAGCAGCAGCAGCAGCAGCAGCAGAAGCUGCGGAACAUAAACCAGCAUUAGCAGCAGCUCGAGGAGGGCAGAAGAAAGCAGCAGCUAAAGCAGAAGCAGCGGCAGCAAAAAAGGCUGCAGAAGAAAAAGCAGCAGCAGAAAAAGCAGCAGCAGCAGCAGCAGAAGCAGAGGCAGCUAAAAAAGCAGCAGCAGAAAAAGCAGCAGCAGAAAAGGCAGCAGCUGAAAAAGCAGCAGCAGCAGCAGCAGCAAAAGCAGCAGCAAAAGCAAAAGCAGCAGCCGAAAAAGCAGCAGCUGAAAAAGCAGCAGCAGCAGCAGCUGAAAAGGCAGCAGCAGCAGCAGCUGAAAAGGCAGCAGCAGAAGCAGAAGCAGCAGAAGCAGCAGAAGCAGAAAGAGCAGCAGCUGAACGAGCAGCAGCUGAAAAAGCAGCAGCGGAAAAGGCAGCAGCGGAAGCAGCAGCAGCAGUAGCAGCAGCAGCGGCUGCAGAAAAAGCAGCAGCAGAAAAAGCAGCAGCAGAAAAAGCAGCAGCAGAAAAAGCAGCAGCAGAAAAAGCAGCAGCAGAAGCUGCAGCAGCAGCGGAAGCGGAAGCAGCAGCUGAAAGAGCAGCAGCUGAAAGAGAAGCAGCAGAAAAAGCAGCAGCAGAAGCAGCAGCAGCUGAGAAGGCAGCAGCAGAAGCAGCCGCUGCUGAAAAAGCAGCAGCAGAGGCAGCAGCAGCAGCAGCGGAAGCAGAAGCAGCAGCUGUAGUAGCGGCAGCCGAAAAAGCAGCAGCAGGAGCAGCAGCUGCUGAAAAAGCAGCAGCAGAAGCAGCAGCAGCAGAAGCAGCAGCAGCAAAAGCAGCAGCUGAAAUAGCAGAAGCUGAAAAAGCAGCAGCUGAAAAAGCAGCAGCAGAAGCAGCAGAAGCAGCAGAAAAAGCAGCAGCAGAAGCAGCAGAGGCUGCAGAGAAAGCAGCAGCUGAAGCAGCAGAAGCAGCAGAAAAAGCAGCGGCAGAAGCAGCAGAGGCUGCAGAGAAAGCAGCAGCAGAGGCAGCAGAAGAAGCUAAGAAGGCGGCAGCAGAAGCGGCAGAAAAGGCAGCAGCAGAAGCAGCAGCAGAAGCAGCAGCAGAAGCAGCAGAAAAGGCAGCAGCAGAAGCAGCAGCAGAAGCAGCAGGAGAAGCAGCAUUGCUUCCACCUGCUGAAUCAGAAUCAGCAGCAGCAUCAGAAGCAGCACCUCGCUCAGCAGCAGCAGGAGCAGCAGGAGCAGCAGCAGCAGCAGCAUCAGCAGCAGCAGGAGAAGAAGCAUUAAUAAAUGAUUCCUUUGAAUGUUUACGUUACGGCAAAGAUACAAAAGGAGAAGAAAUAAAAAAAAUAAAAAAUAAUAUAAAUUCUAUUGCUGCAUGCGCUGCUGCAUGCGCUGCUGCUGCAGAUUGUAGUGUAUAUACAUAUAAUUUAAGGAGGAGUUGGUGCUCAUUAAAAACACUUACUCCCUCUACUACUGCAGCAGCAGCAGCAGCAGCUGCUGCUGCUGCUGCUGCUGCUACUGCUACUGCUGCACCUGCUGCUGCUGCUGCUGGGGAGGAGGAGGAGGAGGACUUCCCCUUUACCCCACAGAAGUCUUAUGCUGAGCCUCUUGUAUCAGCAGAGAGAAACUGUCAGCCUAAGCAAGCAGAGCCUAGAAGGCUGCACCAGCAGCAGCAGCAGCAGCAGCAACUGCAGCAGCAGCAGCGGCAGCAGCAGCAGCAGAGACAGCUGCAGGAAGGAGGAGGGACCUACUACUCUGAUGGUAAUGGUAUCAUUCCUUCACCAUAUUAUGAUGAUGGGGCCCUUGAGGGGUUCGGCAUGCAUGCAGCAGCAGCAGCAGCAGCAGAUCCAAGCAGCAGCAGCAGCAGCAGCAGCGUUAGUAAUGACGUAAUAGAAGAAGGAAUGGGUGUGAUCCCUUCUAUGCUUCGUGCAUCUCCUGCGGUGUAUAGGCAGGUGGGCCCCCCUCAUAGAACCCUUCAAGUAUAUGGGUACCCAGGUGUAGGUGGGCCCCCUAUAUAUGGUGGGGGCCCCCCACCCCCACCUGCAUGGGGAGGAGGAGGAGGGUACUGGGGUGGGGGCCCCCUGCAGCGGCUGCACCAGCUAGUAGACCAUCCCCUCAAGACUGUUGGGGGUUUAGUAGCGGAGGACGUAUUAGGUCUUACCCCUGAACCCUAUGUAGGGGGGAGGAGGAGGGAAGGGGGGGCCCUCUAUCGUGCUGCUGCUGCUGCUGAUGCUGAUGCUGCUGCUGAUGCAGCAGGUGCUGCAGAAGGGUUUCUAGUUAAGAGGAGGCUUGCUGCAGCAGCAGCAACUGCAGCAGAAAUAGCAGCAGAAACUAACGAGUCCGGGGUUGAUUGCCUGCUCGGAGACUGCUAA